CACCGUAUAUUUAUUCAACACCUUACUGACAGUUGGAGUAGGCUGUUCACACGGAUUUCUGAAAGAUGUCCCUGGACAUGAGUCAGCGAGGAAGCCAAAAGUUUCAGAGAAUUGCCAAGAUUGUGAAGACUAUCUGCGGGAUCAACCUGGCUUUGAAAAGGUACAUUCAAAAAUCCAAAGUUAUACAAUGGGUGAUGAAUCACCUGACAAGACAGUCAAACUUUGACAAGGAACUGCUCUUCAACAUUCACAAUUUUACGAAGAACAAAAUUGAACGAGAUUCUGCAAAGUUAAAGUCCCUGCUUUCUGUUCUUCCUCAUCAACGAAGCACAGAGGAUACUGCAAUGAUGCAAUCACUUUUACGUAAGAUUCAAGCAUUUCAAGUUAUGCCCAACAUUAUGCAGCUGGAGAUUUGCCAAGCAGCAGUUUAUCAACAAUACGAUGCAAAAACAAUCGUACUACGAAAAGGCCACAAAUCUGAAGCAUGUUAUUUUGUACUCACUGGUGAACUAGUAGCUACGUUGAGUGAUAGCUUUUCAGAAAAUCAAAAUCACCUCACUGGAGUUCUGAAAGAAAUUCAGGAAGGCGAUUUGUUUGGGGAUGCUGCACUUUUAACUAACACAAAACGACCUGCUACAAUUUUAUGUAAGACUAACACAGAACUCUUGCUGUUAAACAAGGAGGAUUUUGAAUCUAUACUGGCCGGAUUUCUCCAGCAGCGCUACAGUGCAGUCACUGAAUUACUAAGGACACUUCCAAUAUUCACACCCUGGACUACAGAAAAGCUAACACUGCUUUCCUACAGCUCCCUGCUGAGAUACGACAGGUCAGGAGCAGCAGUCAUUCCAGAGAGUUCCAGCUCUUCUUUUAUAGUGGUUGUCAGAUCAGGCCGAUGCGACGUAGUGACAAGUCUGAAAAUGGGUCAACAUGGAACUGACCUGUCUCAGUGCCCACAGCAAAAGAAACACUUUGUAGGACAGAAGGGCUUCCCCAUGUUAGGCUUGUUGAAACAGAAAACAAAACUCUCCGAAAGAUUAUCACAGAGAACUUCAACUUCACUGAGUUUGGCAUUACAGCAUGCACAGGAAAUCACGAAGACUCAGCAAAUAAGAAAAUCCAGAUGUACGAGAAUGACAACUUCAUCUCACUCUGUGCUUAAAGAAGACAGUUUUGAGGAACUGGGACAUAAAGAUAGGUCAUCUUCAUCCAGAUCUGUUGAAACUGUUUGUGAGAGAAUGAUUGCUUCUGUGGAGGACAGUAAUGAGAUCCAAGAGGACUAUAAUUCUUCUGAUAGUUGUGAAGAAGUUGAGCAGCACACAGAAAUAAAUAAGGAUCUGUCUUUGCAAGUCAUGCAACCAUCUGAAAAUGCAUCACCUAUAUUUGUGAAAAUAGGAAGAAUGGAACGAGGAGGCAUUUUUGGACUUACAGAAAUCCCAGGCAGUACUUGUAACCUACAGUUAAGUCUGGUUAGUGAUGGGGCUGAGUGUGUUUUCAUCCCAAAAAGACUAUUCCUGGAUGAGGCACCGUAUAUCUCUAGGCAUGCUGCAAUGGAAUUAGUGAACACUUACCCAACUGAGCAAAUCGUUAGACAGAACUUUGCCAGGCAACAGGAAUGGAUCUUGUAUAAAACUAGACUUGUCAAACAACUUGUAAGUGACAGUGUAAAGUGGAGGUCUGGCUCAGUAAAGCCAUGGAAGAAAACUUUCUAAUUUUGUUUUCGAUGUAACUUCAACUGCAACAUGCUAACUACGUUAUUACUAAAAUAACAGGUAAUUCAAGUUCUAAUGAAUGCAUCGUCUAUUUAACGAGAUAGACCCAAAAUGUGGGAAGUAUGGUGCCUGUUUAUCAAACGGUGAACAGCAGCAUGUGUGCUUAUUGAAAAAAGAACAAAUAAGAGGUGACCUGUUAAUUACACCGAUAUGGACAUUAGGUCCUUUGAAUUUCUGGAACAAAGUGUUGUAUUGAUCAUGAAAUAAUUUAUUUUCC